AAUAGCAUCAUACUAUCGCAGCGCAGUAAAUGCAUGACAUGCCUCAGAUGCUUGGUGAAAUCAGAUGAGUUGAAAAUUAAUUUACUUCCGAAGAAGAGAAAACAGAAACAUAAUCACUUAUAUCUCCACCGUGGGCAUUGCGUUGAUCAAGUUUCUAACGAGUAUGGAAACCGAACCGGUGGAGCUUGAAGAUGGAGAAGUCGUGGAUGACGAGGUUGUCGAUGCCUUCGAGUAUAAUGUUUUGGAACGGCCUCACGUUGCCCCUAGACCUGAGGAUACAUCGUCCAAGUUACAGUACAGUGAUGAAUCAGAUGAGCCUACGGAAUCUGAAAGUGAUUCGGACUCAGAUUCGGCACAUACUUGUUCCAAGAAGCCAAAGAUGAAGAUAAAACGGUGGAAGAACAGAGAGGGAGAGAAAAAAGAAGCUCAAGACAAGUACAAGGUGUGGUGUAUGCAGGUUCAGGAAGAAGCACUCACGGAGGAACUUGUAUCUUGUGGGGUCACCAAGCGAGAUUAUCAGGGUAGAAACGUCGAAUUCUAUGACUUCACUGUUCGAUAUUCCCCCAAUGAACAACAAACACCAGCUGACCUUAGUUCGGACACUGAGAAGGAUGCUCCACCUAGGAUUACCAACAAAAGGACAAACGAGGAUAGGACAAACCUUAAGCUAAGGCUUGGUAAACGCAGAAAUUCUAUGGAAAUUGAUGGGCAACGAGGAGUUGCGAGAACCAUACUUGAACUUUGCACUACUGCCGAUUCUGAUGACGGAGACGUAGCUGCAGACAUAGCGGAAAAGCUGUGUGAAAAAAAAGAUGAUCUCAUAAAGAGAGCAGUGAGUAUAAUAGGGAAAGAAAAGGCCAUAGAUUUCUUUGAACAAACUAAAAAAAUUGAGGAAGAUGGAGGGAUGAUGAUAGUGAAUGGAUCACGUAGGAGGACUCCGGGGGGAGUUUUUUUGUUACUCUUGAAACAAGAUGAUCACAUUCCUCAGGAAAAAAUACGAGCAAUUUUUCAAGAGGACCGUAAGCAGACUGUGGAACAGAGGAAGCAGGCGCAAGCUUCCAGCAGGAGACGGAAAACCCAGGAACUAAUGCGGAGUCUUGAAAAUGGCUCUGAAAAGGAUCUUCCAGCCCUUUUAACACGUGCCGAGCUCUCAACGAGGCAGAUUGCGGAGGAAGCGCGAUUGAGAAGAGGGGAGGGUCGUGAUAGAGAAAGAACCCCACCGGACUCUGACCGCACAGUGACAAAUCCACCACCCAGUCCCGUAACAGAUGAUCCCGACCACACACCGCCAUCUUCACGUAGACAGGUUCAGGAUUACACUGCCGAUGAUUUCCUCGACAUUGGGGUAGAUGUUGACAGCAUGGAAUUGUUUUAAACUCUACGAACAAGUUUAUAUUACCCGAGCGUUUCGAUAUUAUCAAUUAUUGGCUCGAUUUUAGAGCUGGAAAAUUGUCUCAAACUUUACAGAGGCUGCUGACGUGUUUUUUUACACGACAAUACUGCACAUUAGUACAGUAUAGGUAUGAACACAAAUUGGUCAGUGAAACAAAUUAGUUGGCUAUUGCCUGAAGCUAAUUACGAUCGGUCAAGAGAGAACAGUACAAGUACCAAAUAUAUAAUAUCGUUCUUUUUUGUUAUUUACGGUUUUUUACAUUGACAUGACUAUAAUUAUCUGUACAUGAAUCAAAAAUAGCUUAAAUAAUCUCAGAAAGCCGCAUUCACUUUUCCUAUCCGUUGGCUAAAAUUCGUCUUUAAAGAU